AUCACCAAAAACAACCCCGGAUUAUCUGUUUACACCGUCAAUCCCAUGUUUAGUGACCUUUCUAUUGUUAUAUUCAGUCAUCUUUUUAAUUACAGAUUACGAAUGUCUUUUAUAAAUCAGUGACUUCUUAUAUGUGGGUAUAAUGAAAACAUCUGUACAGGUUUUGGAUGCAUUCCUGAUCUUUAGAUGAGUUCUCACGUCGUCACUCCAGGUCCUUACAGGGCCACUAAACUGUGGAAUGAAGUUACUAAGCUAUUCCGGGCAGGGAUGCCCUUGAAGAAACACCGGCUGCACUUAAGGGUUUACAUGAACUGCUUCACCGCAUCAGCUGCCGUGGACUGGUUACAUGAACUCCUGAAAAACAACAGCAACUUUGGACCCGAGGUCACCAGACAGCAGACUGUCCAGCUGCUGAAAAAGUUCUUGAAGAAUCAUGUUAUUGAGGAUGUGAAAGGUAGAUGGGGCAUGGAAGACCUGGAAGACAACAGUCAGAUAUACAGGUUUCCAUCAACAACUCCACUGAAGCCCAUUCCUAACUGUGCCCCUGUUUUGAGGAAGAAGAGCAUAUCUAUGAUGGACAAGGAAGGUUUCUUCAAGUUCAGGGGCUCUAAGAAAUUCAACAAAGAACUUUUGGAAAAUGUGGAUCCAGAAAUGCAAGAAUCUCCUACAGAAUCAGCCUUGGGUGAGACCAAACACUGCAGAGAGCUCACAGAGGAGGACAUUCAAGUGAUCUGGAAGAAUGUGACACUUACACAUUUGCAGAAGCUGUUGGGAUCAGGGUCUCUUGAUGAUGUUUUAGAUCCAGCCCAAGUCAAUCCUCAGUUCAUUGUAUAUAAUAUGACAAAAGUCAAUAAACAUGGAGUUGUUUCACUUGAAGACAAGACAGAGGACUUGCCGCACUGGGUUUUGUCUGCCAUGAAGUGUCUUGCAAAUUGGCCAAAGUACGAUUCAAACCAGCCAUCUUACCCAGGCUUUGAGCGGGAUGUGUUUAAAACAGUGUCCUGCUAUUUCUACAGUCUCUCUCAGCCACUUAUUACUUAUCAGUACUAUGAACUAUUUGUCAACAUCCUGGUUAUGUGUGGCUACAUCACGACUCCUAAAACUCAGUGUGGAAAGCGCAAAAACCAGGAUGACCCGAAAUGCCCACAGCCAGCCAAAGCCCCACAUCUGAACAUUGUCAACCUGUUCAAAUCAACCGAAUGCCUGCUGAUGAGCUUAAUAAGAAAGGAGGCAAUUGAUGAAGCCGAAUCACCUAUGGAGGAAGUUUUCAGUUCUAAAGCAGAGACUAAAAUAGAAACUCAAAGAACCCAGCAGCCUUUUUUUAGAGGCAGAAGGGCCAGUGCUGGAGAUGGGCUGGAAGCUAGCUAUUUAAAAGCCCCAGUUGGUAGGCUUCAUCCCAGAAGUUGCUCUCUGGAGAGAAUCGUAGAUAACGCUGUGGUUUCUUGUUCAAAGAGCAAUUUAUUCCCAUCAUCUGAAAGUCUACGGUCCUGUGGCAGCAAUAAUUCAACCCCCCAUACCGAUUCUCCAGUAGAUGCAAACCUCCAGGGUUCCUCAAUGUCCUUAAACUCAUGUCCAGAUGUGUCUAAAGUUGUGUCUAAAGGACAAAAGUUCCAAAAUUCUCAAACUUCCAGCAGUAGCACAAGCCACCAACUCCCUUCAGAUCUUCGUCGAGCCAACCCGAGACCCAGCAGGGCCCGGAGCAGAAGCAUCGGUAACUUAUUUGACAUGGAGGAGAACAGAGAAAUGUGUGCUAGCAGCUUUAGCGUCCGCGCCCCUGUGGCUGAAAUUACCAUUAGACCAGACUGUUCCUCCAGUGUUGACCUUAGAGCUCCUGGUUUGGUCCGUAUGCAUGGCAGCUGCAUGGAUGUUAGGGCUGGUUCAAGCAUUAGCAGAUGCUGUCAAAGCUCCAUUGACUUGAGCAAACCCGCACCUGCUCAGCCCACUUUGGCCCUGUUAGCACGACGCCUGAGUCCUGCGCAAAGUCUGUUGCAGCCAUCACUGGAGCGGGUGGCCAUUGAGGCCCUGCAACUCUGUACUUUACUCCUGCCUCCCGCCAGCCGACGCAAACUGCAGUUACUCCUGCGAAUGAUCUCACGCAUGAGCCAAAACUUGGACAUGCCGCGGCUGCACGACAUCAUUGGAACUCGUACUCUGUUGGUGCAGACGUUCUAUAGGUGUGUCUUGAGUUGUAAGGAGGUGGAUGACCUGGACCAGCUCUUGGCUACAAGGCUCUUGUCGUUUCUCAUGGAUCAUCAUCAGGAGGUCAUGCAGGUGCCUGUGUACCUGCGCAAUGCUGUGGAAGAUCACGUCAGCUAUCUCAAAUCACUGAACACAUGCCCAGGCCUUGGUGUUGCCAUGCCGACAUACUCAUUCUGCAGGCAGAUCAGCACUCAGGAGUUUGAAGAGCACAAACUCUCUGUGUCUCAGGCUGCUCUAACUGACCUGCUAGAGAAUCUCAUCAAGGACAAGAGCAUGUCAGUGAAAGAGAAGAAACAGAAGCUCAAACUGUUUCAGAAGGAAUAUCCUGAUAUCUACUUGAAACGUUUCCCCACAACAGAGAGUGAAGCUCAGCUUUUUGCAGAUAAGCCAAAGAUAAAACCGGCAAUGCUGUUAAGCAUCAAAAAACCCAAACUAUUCAGUAUUCGGAACUGAAUACCUCUUUAAAUUGUUAUUUGGGUGAUGCAUUAUUUUUUGGGUGGCUUUUUGAGUUUAAAAGCAUUUUAGUUGAUCUAUUGCAGUGAAAGGACACCUCAGUGUAAUCUUAACAGUAACUCCAGAUGAAGUUUUCUUAUAAGAAUUCUUUUUUUGUUUUGCUAUUUUGCUCUUGUAGAGUGCCUUUUUUAUUUUUUUUUUUUUUUCAGAUUACAUUACAAUUGUCUGUCAGUUUUAUUGUUAUUUAUUUAAGGUGUGAUUCCUUGUUGUAAGUUAUUGGGAGCUCUCAUUCAUUCAUAGUGUUAUAGUGAGUACAAAAGAUAUGGAGUCUCUUUUAAACUUUUUUUUUAAUUUUGCUAGCAUCACCUUUUUGUGUGUUUGUAUUCAGUAUUCAGAUGUGUUUACUUCUAAAGCCAUAAAUUGUUAAAAUAAUUAGUUUCUGUGUGACAUGGGAGUUUUAGCCUGUCGGCUAAUUUGCACAAUUAUUUCCAUCUCAAAUAUGCAAUGUUUAGUGUUGUCUUUUCUUAAUAUCUCCUAUAUUUUCUGUCAAGUGGUUAGAAAUCUGCUUACUUGCUUAUUGAAAUAAUUUGUUGUAAGAUGUUAUGGAUGGAUCAUCUUGCACUAUGCCACUGUGCUAAUUCAGUGGCUUGUGUAAUGAGAGUAAAAGUCUAAACUGUUGGACUGAUUGAUUUAUCUUUGCCAUCAUAAAAGCUUUUAUAUUAUAUUCAGUUAACAGGCAUAAAUGAGCCCAAUCUAUUACAUUUUAUGUAGUUGUAUCACUUUAUUUGUAUCAACCCUAAUAUUU